CGGGGCGGAUCCCAGUGUCGCCCCGCCCCUGGAGCAAACAGGAAGCGUUUGCGGACCGAAACUGGACUGGUGUUGUGAUUACACGACCGGAGCCUCAGAAGCCUGAGUGAACGCACCAGCGAGAGACGCGCGCGGUCCAUCUGCUGCAGCCCGCGGGGUUCGUUGAGAGUCACGUGUUCGGGACCUUAGCUGGUUAGCAGGCCAGCUAGCUCACUUCACCCACCUGUCGGCUGUCCUCGGCUCGGUACCGCUUCGCCGUCAUGGGGUCCAGAGCGUCCACGCUGCUGCGGGAGGAGGAGAUCGAGGAGGUCAAGAAAGAGACCGGCUUCUCCCACAGUCAGAUCACCCGGCUGUACAGUCGCUUCACGAGCCUGGACAAGGGCGAGAACGGCACGCUCAGUCGAGAAGACUUCCAGAGAAUCCCGGAGCUGGCCAUCAACCCCCUGGGAGACCGGAUCAUCAACGCCUUCUUCCCUGAAGGAGAGGACCAGGUGAACUUCCGGGGCUUCAUGCGGACGCUGGCUCACUUCCGGCCCAUCGAGGACAACGAGAAGAACAAGAACCCGUCCAGUGAGCCGCUCAACAGCCGGACCAACAAGCUGCUGUUUGCUUUCAGACUCUACGAUCUGGACCGGGACGACAAGAUCUCCAGAGACGAACUGCUGCAGGUGCUGAGGAUGAUGGUGGGAGUGAACAUCUCGGACGAGCAGCUGGGCAGCAUCGCCGACCGGACCAUCCAGGAGGCCGACACCAACGGAGACAACUCCAUCUCCUUCAAUGAGUUCAUCAAGGUUCUGGAGAAGGUGGAUGUGGAGCAGAAAAUGAGCAUCAGGUUUCUUCACUGACGCCCCCUGCUGUUCCCUCUCGGAUCGGUCGGAUGGAGCCGGUGCCUUUUGUUUGUCGAUGCAAUAGUUUGCAGCCUCUUGCCGCCAUGUUGUUUCAGCUUCACUGACUUCCUGUGAGCCACUUCCUGCUUGUCAUGCGAUACCCAGAGAACAUGGCCUGUUGUUGUUUAGAUGUAAACAGAUGUAGUUGUCAACAUUUCACCGCCCGAGUCUCAGCUGGUCCCGUGCUGGGUCUGCACUCGGUUUUAGCCUUGAUCAUGUGACUCGUGUUGAUUUUAAUAAAUGAAGUGCCAAGUUUGUCAGUGGUUUCAGUCGCCUGCCGGUU